AUGGUGAAGAAGAAAAUGGACAGCAGUGGUAAGCAGAAAUGGAGGUUGGUGAUGGACUUCCGGAAAUUAAACGAAUAUACCGUCCAAGACAACUACCCACUUCCCUCAAUAAAGGAGAUACUAUGCAUGCUAGGGACAGCGAAGUUCAUGAGCUGCUUCGACAUGGCAAAUGGAUUCUACCAAGUGGUCAUGGCAAAAGAAGACAUAGAGAAAACCGCGUUCAGCACACAUAAAGGACACUGGGAAUGGCUGCGAAUGCCAACGGGUUUGAUAAAUGCACCCGCAACCUACCAGCGGAUGGUUAACUUUAAGUUACAGGGACUCCUAGGUAAAAUUUGUUUCAUUUACCUAGAUGAUCUCAUUGUAAUAGGUAAAACUGAGGAGGAACAUUUGAGGAACCUAAGGAAAGUAUUCGAACGUCUCCGCGAAACGAGGCUAGUACUACAACCAGAUAAAUGCAAGUACUUAGAAAAAGAAUUGGAAUAUCUCGGACACUCAGUAGGAGCGGAAGGAGUAAAACCUCUGAAGAAAAAUGUGGACAAAGUAUUAGAAUUCCCUCGACCAAGAAACGCCAAAGAAAUCGAACGGUUCGUGGGUCUGGCAUCGUAUUAUCGCAAAUUUAUCAAAAAUUUUGCAAAGAUAGCACAUCCAUUGAAUCACCUGAAAGGAAAAAACGUCGAUUUCAUUUGGACCCAAGCAUGUGAAGAAGCCUUUAACAAACUAAAGAACUUGCUUACCUCUUGCCCAAUUUUAAAACAUCUAGAUUUAAAAAAGCCCUUCAUCUUAUGCACAGAUGCAUCAAAUGAAGGAUUGGGAGUGGUACUCAGCCAGCUUGACGAUGAGGGCAAGGAACACCCGGUAAGCUUUGCUAGUAGAAGCCUAAAUCCCGCCGAACGGAACUAUUCGACCACCGAAAAGGAAAUGUUGGCAAUUGUCUGGGGCAUAAAACAGUAUAAACACCUCCUGUAUGGUCAAGCGUUCAAAGUUUACACCGACCACCAGCCGAUUAAAGGACUUUUAAACGCCAGACACGACAAUAUGUCCCGAGCAUUCCCGGUAAAGAAUAAGGAAGACAUACAAAUAAGAACCGAUCACCCGGACCACGAGGACAUACAAGAACUCCUGAAAACAGUAGACACUACGAAGAAACGAGACGAAAUUCAUGAAACCUCCAAAGUAGCAGCGGAGAACAAAAUAAAGCCACUUGUGGAAACAAGUAUGGACAUCGAGGAAAUAAUUCGACACAACGAAGUAGCACCAGAAUUACUCGAGGAAAUCAUCCAAGACUUAGAGUCUCUGAACGCAACCAAACACGACUACCCAUCAACCUCUAACGAGAAGAAGGACGCCGUAUGCGAAAAAGCCCUACUAUCGUUAAAAAACUCCCGUGUCAUACUAUCCGAGAUGUCAGACGAGGAAGUUCAGAAAAGGAUCGGAAAAAACCAUGACUACAUCACGGACGAUUUAGACAGAUUAAAGCAAAUGUGCGGAACCGACACAAUCACACUAACACAAAACGAUGAGACCUUCCAAAACAGACUCUACAACUACAAAACCCCACCCGCAUACAUACAGAAAACUACGAAACCCGAUCUACAAAUCAACGGCGCAAUUUACCGAAACUUUGACGACAUUUUGAAAUUAUCAAAGAAAAUAUGGGAAGACGAAAGAACUGAAAAUCCCAGGAUUAUUGAGAUCACCCACUGGACCAUAGAAGAAGAUUAUAACCUAGCAGCAUCCUUCAUAUACCCGACUCUAAGACUACUAGACCUAGAACAACAUUAUAGAAUCAAGGCGAUGUACCCAAGAAUCAUCAGGAAACCACAAAUGCAGCAGAACAUAAUCGCAAGAGUACACGAGAAUGGACAUUGGGCACUGGACAAGACCGUACGACAAAUACAACAAAAACGCUAUUGGCCUGAAAUGAAUCGGCAAGUCCAAAGUUACAUAGAGAAUUGCCCAAUCUGUGCCAACAAGCAUAACGGAAGAAAGAUACGAGCUGACGCAGUGAUAAUGGAAACAGCUAAAUUUCCAUGUGAGAUUGUGAACAUCGACAAACUGACAUAUGACGGUAAAAGCUUCUUAUUAUUAGAAGAUAGCCUGACUAGGUACAUAUGGGUAACACCAUUAAAGACGGAAGAAGUCUACAAUGCUAUGCACCAAUUUCUCCACGCCAAUCCCACACCUGAAAAGAUCAUAACUGAUAACGAACAAACUUUCAAAAGUAAAAAAUUAAAAGAAUUGAUCGAUCAACUGGGCAUACAACAAAUAAAGAUAUCAGCAUACCAUCCUGAAAGCAACGGCAUCGCCGAAAGAGUAAUUAAAACUCUCAAAGGUUUAGCAGAUGCUUUAGACCACGAAGAUCCAGUAGUCAGGAACCUCAGGGCUGUCAAAAACUAUAAUCAAAGUCCUCAUAACACAACAACUUACACGCCAGAAGAAUUACUAUACACAAUCUCAAAACGGACAACAGAGACGCAAGAAGAAAUUGACGAACGCAGAAAGGAAAGAAAUUUAUCACAAUUACAGGACGCACGAGAGAAAAUUGCCCAAGCAAAAGAAGUGAACCAAAAGAAGAAACAAAGAACAGGCAAAGAAGAAGAUUACCAAAUAGGGGAUUUGGUACUUAUACAAGUGAACGUGAAGGGUAAAGCUUCGUGGUCCGAACCUUUAGCAAUUAGAAAUGUAAACAGAGACACAAAAACAAUAACGACUUUUAGGAGAGGGCAAGAACAGUUGAGACAUUAUAAUCAGAUCCACCUGGCCGACGGAGUCUACGACAUAAGGACAUUGGAUGACCCAAUAAUCAAUGAAGAACUUUUCACUGCAAGAAUAUAUCACGAAACAUGGGGCACCAUCUAUUUUAUAAAUAUAACAGAAAUCAAAGAAGAUAUACAACAACUGGCGAACUACACUAGGGAGAUAAAACACAUCUGCAACAAACAUUCCGGUUGCAAGAUGCAAAAGAUAAUCAAUACAAUGAUUGACAGAACGGGAAAAUUAAUAGCACGAUAG